CUUUGCCCUUAAACAAUCAUGGAGUCUAAACUCGAAAGAAUAAGAAAGCAAGCCAACUCCAAGUUGGCAAACCAGAAAUUGUAUGGUCAAACCUUGAUUGCCAUUGAAGAGACUAUCAGCGAGCAAAACGAAGCAUUAUCUCCUACCGCAUACUUUGGUGCUUUGAUGACUACUUUGCAAUCCUCUCAAGGAUCUAGCGAAUUAGUAGGUGCUUUGCUUUAUAUUUUGGAUGAAGUUUUCCCUUUUCUUCCUCAUUCUGUGCUUAGAUCCAAGUUUGCUGAUGUAAUUGCAGUUCUUGAAACCAUUUUUGAAGCACACAAGGAUGAACAACCUAUUGUCCGUUCUUUCCUUGGCUGUCUUCAAGAACUCUUGGCUGUUCAAGAUGGACCCAACUGGAACAUGCCAACCACCAAGAAGGCAUAUCAACAAUUACUUAUUUUGAGUGCUAACGCUUCUCCCAAGGCACGUAAGAGAGCCCAAGAUGCUGUUCGCAACAUUUUGUCUAGACCUCCUCCACCUACUCUUAUUCAUCCUGCUGCCGAAAUGACUGCUGAUUUCAUUCUUAGAGUUUUACACGAAACAUCAAAGUCCGAUCAACACGCUGCUCAACAAAUGCUUGCAUUACUUCAAACCAUUGUUCCUUACUGGCCUCCUCACAAAUUCUCUGUCUUAUGUCAGACCUUACUUCAACUCCCCAAAUUCAACAACAUUUUCCUCACCAAGGCUGCUUUCGAUGUAUUUGAAGCCCUUUUCGAUGCUCAAGAGACUGAUAUGGAUGCCGAGAAAUUCGCUGGUUUAUUACGCGCUAUUUGUGAACUGAAACCUGCAGCUGUCGAUGAACGUCUUUUACCCACUUGGCUUUUAAUUAUUGGAAAGGCUUUCCCUUCUUAUGCCAAGUCUAACCCCGCUCAAUGCGCCAAUGAUCUUUCUACUGUCUUCAAUUUGAUCUUUAACGAUUUCCAACAAGAUUCUAGAUGUCAUCGCCAAAUUGCCAACUGUUUGAGCACAUUGAUUGAAUAUUGUAUUACCGACGAUCUUAUUGCUCAAGCCAGUGCUGGCCAAUCAAAUGGACUUGUAGAGAUUAUCAAGUCUCUUGAGGCUGGCUUGGGUGUUCAUUUCCAACCUGCUUGGGUUCAUGUCAUGACUGUUCAACAAGCCAUGUUCAACAAAUUAAACCAUUUCGCCGCUCCCUUGAUGAAUGGUUGUUUAGCUUUGCUCGGUGAGCUUCGUCUCGCUCCCAACGAAUCUUAUAAAGAACAACUCGAUAAGACACUUGGUGUUGCUAUUUCCACUAUGGGCCCCGAGUUUUUCUUAAACAUUCUUCCUCUUAAUCUCGAAUCACCUACCUCUUCUUCUCACGUCGGCCGUGCUUUCUUGCUCCCUCUUUUAAAGACAUAUACUACCAACACCACACUUUCCUACUUUGUCAAUGUUCUCAUCCCUCUUGGUGAUAGACUCGCCGCUAAGGGAGAGGCUGCUGCUGCCCGUGAUUUAGAAAUGCAAGCCAAGGUUUAUGAAACUUUGGUAAACCAAAUCUGGAGUUUGGCUCCUGGUUUCUGUGAUCUCCCCAUUGAUCUCACUACCGCUUUCAACGAUUCCGUCGCAGAAAGAUUCAGUUCUUUGCUUUAUACUCAACCCGAAUUACGUCCUACCAUUGCCCAAGCUCUUCAACUCUUGAUCGAAAAGAACCAAGCUUUGGUCAAGUCCUCCGCUGACGAUGCUCAUUUAUUAAGAGCAUAUGGUUUAACUAAGGCUCAAGCUGCGGCCAACUUGGGUUUCAUGAGCAAGUUUGCUGUAAAUUACUUGGCUGUUUUCUUCAAUGUCUACAGUCAAAUUGCUCCCCAAGUCCGUGGUUUCAUGGCCGAAGUAAUUAAGGCUUAUCUUACUGUUACCACACCUGAAGAUAUCAACACUACAUUCAAAAAGGUUCUUGCAAUGCUCUCUCAAGCUUUGGAAUCCAAGGAGACAGCACCUAGCAACGAUCCUUCUAUCCCCCCUCCCAUGUCUCACACCAUGUUGGAUCUUGCUACUAUCAUGAUCCCCUUCUUGGACUUGGAAUCUGCCGAACUUUUAUACAACGGUACACUUCAACAACUUUUAUCCAAGGAAAGUGAUCCCACUUUACAAAAGAAGGGUUACAAGGUUCUUAACCAUUUGAUGAGCUGUCCCAAUGGUCGUCAAAUCAUGGCCAACCAUAUUGAAGAGUUGCAAAACCAUUUGUUAAAUGCUACUGUCUCUUGUACCAAUGCCGCCAAAAAGGAUCGUAUCAAGACCUUGAAGGAAGUUGUCUCUCUUUUACCCAACACUGAUCUUCAUUUCAUCCCUGCUAUUCUCUCCGAAGUUGUAUUGGCCUCCAAGGAUAACAAUGAAAAGACUCGUAACUUUGCCUUUGAUCUUUUGGUUAGCAUGGGUAACAAGAUGAAGGAAGGUGGUGUUAUCAAGAACAGUCGUUUAGAAGGUUUUGAUGAAUCUUUCCCUGAUGCUGAAGCCAAUAUUGCCGAAUUCUUCACCAUGGUUACUGCUGGUUUAGCUGGUACCACUGCUCACAUGAUUGGUGCCACUGUCGGUGCUCUUUCUCGUAUCUUUUUUGAGUUCAAGGAUGAGUUACCCGCUGAAUUAGCCUCUGAAUUACUUCAAACAAUCAAUGUCUUGGCUGCUUCCAACAACCGUGAAAUUGUUAAAGCUGCUGUAGGAUAUGUCAAGGUGUGUAUUGUUGUAUUGGAUGUCAGAAUCCUCGAACCUCAAUUGGAAAACAUUGUGCGUUCUUUGCUCAAGUGUCAACAACAACACAAGAGUCAUUUCAAGGUUAAAAUCAGACACAUGUUUGAACGUUUGAUCCGUAGAUUCGGUUAUGAUACCAUUGCUAAUUUGAUGCCUGAAGAAGAUCGCAAGAUGAUUGUCAAUAUUCAGAAGCGUCGUUUGAGAGCCAAGAGAAGAAAGGGAGCCAACAAUGCCGAGAGUGACGAUGAAGAGGAAGAUGUUUCUGCUCGUGCUAGUGCCAAGAAGGGUGCUUUCCAAGAUGCUUACGAAGAAGUCCUUUACGGUUCCGAGAGUGAAAUUGAUGAUGAUGAUUCUGAAGACGAAACCCUCAAGACAGUGAAAGCUGCUGUUACUGCACAAAAGCAAAAACAAAAGAAGAAGAACAACAAUGUGUCGAAUGCAUUUAUUCGUGAAGAUGGUGAGGAUGGACCUCUUGAUUUCUUGGAUCGUUCUGCUUUAGGUCGUAUUUCAUCCAACAAACCCACUCAACGUAAGAUGAAGAGUAGUAAGGGUGCUUUCGCUGAGGGCGAUGAUGGUCGUCUCAUGAUUAGUGAACCCAAGGACCACCAAGAAGAAGAAAAGAUUGAACAAGGUGAAGAUUACUACAUGCAACACAUCACAAAUCCCGAUGGUUUUACCCGUGAUAAGAGAAACAGAAUCAAGUUCAAGAAGGGUAAGGAUGCUGUUGAUGAUGCCAUGGAAGUGGAUGAUGGUGAGGAGGGUAAAAAGCCCAAGAGAGCUCCUCAAAAAUACGAAAAGAUUGGUAAAGAGUUUAGAUCAAAGAGAGCUGGUGGUGAUGUUAAGCGUAAGGGUCAAAUGGAUCCUUUCAGUUAUGUUCCUUUGAACAAGGUCAUCAAGAAGAAGGGUAGACGUGAUGAAAAGGUGACUUACACUGGUCGUUUAAAGAAGUAAAACAUUUUUGAUACAUAAUCCCCCCCUCCUACCACACCCUCAUUCCUCAAAUAUAGUUAGCUAGAUGUAAAUACAUAAUAAAAUAUUUU